UACUCCAAACACGGAACCGCCAAAUAGUUCCCACCCUCGAGCGGAAUGCCACCACGCGACCGCCGACGACGCACGCAUCAUAAUCUCAGCGCCUCGGGUGCGAAAUCCUACCCUCUUUCUCUUCCCAGCUCCUUCCUCGUGGUCCUCCGCCCCUAUUCGCCGGAGAACAGUGAGAGCCCUCGUCGCCAAUUUUCCCUGCGAGAGCGUCGAUCAGUUCUUCGGUCAAGGGGCGGGGCACCUUCUGUAUGUAUAUAACUGCCAGGGAAAUUUUUUUGAAACUUGUUGUAACCUACGUAGAAUCUAUAUGCUGCUCUGGAAAGCUGCAAUGGCUGUUGGAGGUUCGUUGCAGCUGUCAUAUGAUCUAGGUGUUAUCAAUAAUCGUGUAUGGGCUAAACCGUUCAGGAUCUCAAGAAUCAAGAGGUUGCAUCAUUUGCAGGGAAUUUCCCUAUCUUCAUGCUCUUUGCGGCAAGAUGUUUGGGGUCUUCAUGUUUCAGACAGUAUAUACAAGAGAAAAUACCAGGUUCCAUAUGGACAAAAUUGCUGCAUUUGUCGAUCUAUUGUUAUUCCAACAUCUGCACAGGAUAUCCCUCUUUUGAAAUCAAGUACCUUUGCUUUGACUAGGUCAUAUGAUGCCCUACUCAAAAGUCCCCUUCUGCUUAGAUUAGCUCCAGCAGUUGGAAUCAUUGUGUUUGCUGUAUGGGGUCUUGAACCUGUCAUUCGUUAUGGAAGGAAAUUCUUUCGUAAUGAUAAUAAUUGGAAAAAGAGCAGAACGCAUUUCGUCCUUACUUCAUACCUUCAGCCAAUUCUUUUGUGGACUGGAGCAACACUCAUCUGUAGGGCAUUGGAUCCUAUAAUUCUGACAUCAGAAGCAAGCCAAGCUGUCAAGCAACGGCUAUUGAGCUUUGUAAAAUCACUCUCUACUGUGCUGGCUUUUGCAUAUUGUCUUUCAAGCUUAAUUCAGCAGACGCAGAAACUCUUUAUGGAGAAGAGUAGCUCUGAUGAUACAAGAAAUAUGGGUUUCCAGUUUGCGGGAAGAGCUGUAUAUACUGCUGUAUGGAUUGCUGCAGUUUCUUUGUUCAUGGAGUUGCUGGGUUUUUCAACUCAAAAAUGGCUCACUGCUGGAGGUCUUGGAACAGUGCUGCUGACCCUAGCUGGACGUGAGAUAUUUACAAACUUUCUGUCAAGUGUCAUGAUCCAUGCUACUCGUCCAUUUAUCGUAAAUGAAUGGAUCCAAACUAAGAUUGAAGGAUAUGAAGUUUCCGGAACUGUUGAGCAUGUAGGUUGGUGGUCUCCUACAAUUAUUAGAGGUGAAGAUCGGGAAGCAGUUCAUAUUCCUAACCACAAAUUUACAGUUAACGUUGUCAGAAAUCUUAGUCAGAAGACUCAUUGGCGUAUAAAAACCCAUCUUGCAAUUAGCCAUUUGGAUGUUAAUAAAAUUGGUAGCAUUGUAGCUGACAUGCGAAAAGUUCUUGCAAAAAAUCCUCAAAUAGAGCAGCAGAGACUGCACAGAAGAGUAUUUUUGGAUAAUAUUAAUCCAGAAAAUCAAGCUCUUUUGAUUCUUGUCUCGUGCUUUGUUAAGACUUCACAUUUUGAGGAGUAUCUGUGUGUCAAGGAAGCCAUCUUCCUGGAUCUCCUGAGAGUAAUCAGCCAUCACCGAGCCAGACUCGCCACGCCGAUUCGCACCGUCCAAAAGAUAUAUGGUGAUGCUGGUGUCGAAAACAUCCCAUUCGCAGAUACCAUAUUCACUCGUGCCGAUGUCGCCAACCGUCCAUUGCUUCUGAUUGAACCUUCAUCAAGAAUCAAUGGUGAUGAAAAGAUGAAACCCCGCUCUUCAGGACGAACAACUGAUGAACAACAACAAGGAACAAAAACCUCAACUUCUGAACCCAAGGUGACUUCAGCUUCUGAAAGCCACCCCGAGAAGCACCAACAGAAAAAAGUUAGUUCUGGAGAAACUCAGUCAAAGAGUAUCAAAGCUGAUUCUUCCAAAUCACCAACCACAACAGUAUCUUCACAACAGUCAGCCACAGUUCCUCCACAAGCUAAAACAAGUGGGGAGAAGUCUGUUGCUGCAUCAGAAUCCCUUAACGAAAAGGUGGAUGGCUCACCUGCUACUGUUCCUAAGAGCGACGGCGAUCGAUCGCCGUCCGAUUCAAGUGUGUCGGCGAGGCCAUCGUUCGAAGAUAAUAUUGUUCUUGGUGUAGCUCUUGAGGGCUCAAAGAGAACACUUCCAAUUGAGGAAGUGGAGGUUAAAGAAGUAGGGGCAGCUGUAAGUGGGAAUGGAGCUCCUGCUACCUCCAAUGUGAAGGAUAGGAAGAAUGAGGUGCCUACCAAGGACAGGUAAGUAGUUAUACUUCUAUUGUUUCUUUAGUAUGAUUCAUGUUUGUUUGAGAUUCUGAAACUGGUUAUAUUAAAUUGGUGUACAGACCCAAUGGUAAAUAUAAUAUGUCAAAAGUAUAAUCUUCAGGUAUAGAAGCUUAAUUUUUUGUAUUUGCUUUGUUAUAUGGUCCUUAGAUACUGAUUAGCCUUUUGCUAACACAAAUGAAAUAUACAUUUAGUGGUUUCUAAUGAUUAGGUUUGUAAUUUCUGGGUAAUAUUUAAGCAGCUGAUAUUUGUGAUUU